CUCAACUAUGGCUUCCCUCUCGUAGUGAUGGAGGCGCAUCGUUGACAACAAAACAAAACUGUGACUUUACUCAUUUAUUUUUACACUGACACGAGUCGGAUUUACGAUGCAGAAGAUCAAGUCUCUUAUGGCCCGGCAGGGCCUGAAAAGCCCCCAAGAAAGCAUGGCAGACCUCAGUCCUGUGGAGAACCUGAGGAUCCCGAGCAAGGAGGAGUUGCGGGAGCUGAGGGAGCAGCCCAUAGACCCCCAGGCGGAGCAGGAGAUCAUCGACAGCAUCGAGGAGGUCUACUUCUCUAACGACUCCUUCGACAUGGUUCAGCACGAACUGGAGAAACUACCACCUGAGCUGAACCUGCAGGAGCUGGAAGAGUACAGAGAUAAGCUGAAGAGACAACAAGCUGCAGUUUCUAAAAAGGUCGCUGAUCUCAUUCUGGAGAAACAGCCCUCUUAUGUCAAGGAACUGGAGCGAGUGACGGCGUUACAGACCAACCUGCAGCUGGCAGCAGUCAUUUGCACUAAUGCAAGGAGGCAACUAAGUGUGGCAAAGGAGGGAUUCACAGAAGCCAGCUUGGGGCUAUUGGCCAAUCAGAGGCGUCGACAACUGCUGACAGGCCUGCUGAAGUCACUGAGGACCAUCAAGACGCUGCAAAGAACAGAUGUAAGACUCAGCGAGAUGCUUGAGGAGGAAGACUAUCCAGGUGCAAUCCAGCUCUGUCUGGAAUGUCAGAAGGCUGCCAGCACCUUCAAACACUACAGCUGCAUCAGCGAACUGAAUUCCAAACUACAAGACACUCUGGAGCAAAUAGAGGAGCAGCUCGAUGUCGCCCUGUCGAAGACUUGUAAGCACUUUGAUGUUUCGCACUACACCAAGGUCCAGCUGGCAUACACACUCCUGGGCAAGACACAGACUGCUAUGGACCAGCUACACAUGCACUUCACACAGGCCAUCCACAACACGGUGUUCCAAGUGGUGCUGGGAUAUGUGGAGCUGUGUGCCGGCAACGCUGAUACCAAGUUCCAGAAGAUGCAGUACAAGGACCUCUGCACGCACAUCACCCUGGACAGCUACAUCCCCUGCCUGACUGAUCUAUGCAAAGCAUUGUGGGAAGUGAUGCUGAGCUACCACCGCACCAUGCAGUGGCACGAGGAGCAUGACAAACAGGAGACCACCCCCGCCCCAGAUGACGCAGCAGAGUCCGAUGAGUCCGUGGUGGACCGCAGCUAUGUGAAGAAGAAGCUGGAGCAUGGGUUGACACGCAUCUGGCAGGACGUCCAGUUGAAAGUGAAGGCCUACAUCCUGGGGACAGACAUGUCCAACUUCAAAUACGACGAUUUCAUAGUGGUACUCGAUGUCAUCAGCAGGUUGAUGCAGGUGGGCGAGGAGUUCUGCGGCAGUAAGUCAGAGGUCCUGCAGGAGUCUAUCAAACGCCAGAGUGUCAACUAUUUUAAAAACUAUCACAGGGCACGACUGGAAGAGCUGAGGAUGUUUCUGGAAAAUGAGACGUGGGAACUUUGCCCUGUUAAGUCCAACUUUAACAUCGCCCAGCUCCAUGAGUUUAAGUUCAUGGGUCAGUGUCGUUCUCCGUCCGUUUCCCCAAGCAGACAGGCAGCCUCUUCGACCAGCCCGGCUCAGGAGGAGCUGUCUCUGUUCCAACAGUACCUUCAGGAAGGAAACCCCUUUGAGAUGCACGCUGAGCACAAAGAGGAGGAGACAGAGGAUGUGCUGGCAUCUAAUGGGUACGAGUCAGAUGAGCUGGAGAAGAGUGUGUAUCAAGAUUACGACAGUGACAGUGAUGUCCCCGAGGAGCUAAAGCAGGACUACGUUGAUGAGCAGACGGGCGAUGUCCCCCUCAAGAGCGUGUCCCGGGAGACCAUAAGAAGCAAGAAAAAGUCCGACUACAACCUUAACAAGACCAAUGCACCGAUCCUCACCAACACCACCCUCAACGUCAUCCGGCUUGUCGGGAAGUAUAUGCAGAUGAUGAACAUUCUGAAGCCCAUCGCCUUUGAUGUCAUCCACUGUGUGUCACAGCUCUUUGACUACUACCUGUAUGCUGUAUACACAUUCUUUGGACGCAAUGACAUGUAUGAGUCAUCGGGUCUGGGCCUUAUCAGCAGCAGACUGAGAACCACACUGAACCGGAUCCAGGAGAGCCUCAUUGACAUGGAGGCAGUGGGGGAGAAUGCAGGAGUCCACGGCACAGGAGAGGACAGGAAGGAAAAGGUGCCCAGCCCACAUCUUAGCCAACUGGUGGUCCUCACUAACAGCGGGACUCUUUAUGGGCUAGCGCAGAGGGUUGUGGCCACUGAGUCUCUAGUGUUUCUGGCUGAACAGUUUGAAUCCCUCCAGUCCCACCUGGACACCAUGAUGCCUGCAGCCAAGAAGCCCUUUCUGCAGCAGUUUUAUUCACAGACGGUGUCGACAGCCAGUGAACUUCGGAAACCCAUCUACUGGAUUGUUGCGGCCAAGGCCAUCGACUAUGAACAGAUGUUGCUCCUGAUGGCUGGAGUGAAAUGGGACAUUAGGGAGAUAAUGUCGCAGCAUAAUGUAUACGUGGACGUCCUGUUGAAGGAGUUUGAGCAAUUCAACAAGAGGCUGGGGGAUGUUUCCAGACAUGUGCGCAUCCCACUGCCUGUGUCCAACGUCCUGUGGGAGCACUGCAUCCGCCUGGCCAACAGGACUCUUGUGGAAGGUUAUGCUAAUGUAAAGAAAUGCAGCAAUGAGGGCCGGGCCCUGAUGCAGCUGGAUUUCCAACAGUUCCUCAUGAAGCUGGAGAAGCUGACUGACCUGCGGCCCAUCCCGGAUAAAGAGUUCGUGGAGACCUACAUCAAGGCCUAUUACCUGACAGAGAAUGACAUGGAGCAGUUUAUCAAGAACCACAGGGAAUACUCCAUGAAGCAGCUCGCCAACUUGGUGAACGUUUGUUUGGGUUCGCAUAUAAACAAGAAGGCUCGUCAGAAACUCCUGGCGGCCAUCGAUGACAUUGACAGACCCAAGAGAUAGGUCGACGAACGGGGCAGACUCUGAACGUAUCAAGCAGCCACAGAGACGGACACUCCAAACAGAGGAACUUCGGCAGUGGAGCUCCACUUAGAAUGUCUUCAUUUACAGUUUAAAGCGUUCAUGUUGUGGUGUGUUCGACGAGCUGUACAGCACAUGCAGUCGUAGAGCUACUGUGUGCAGCGAAAAAGCUCCAAUGUUAUCCAAAUGCUAAUUAUCUGUUAGUGUACAGCUCUGAUGUGGUCAAAAACAUAUAGUAUCUCAUGAUAUUCUGAUUAACAUAACUACUAACACUUUCACUCUCAAGCAUGCUGCAGUUACUCUCUGCAUUACAGUAGAUGUCCCAUAACGCAUGCCCUCGCAUUUCCAUUUAACAAACAUGCCGCUUAUGAAAUUUUCCUGCAAAUUGUCCGCAGUCAGUCAUCUCGAUCUCGUCAAUGACCGUGAGGAGCAGAUCUUGACUUCCACGUAAGCUACAAGUACAGGAUCUAACAGUGUAACGUGAAGUGUAGCUUGGCCAUGUGGUCGUGUUUCGCGAUCCAUCUGUUUUCACCAAAUGUGCUCAUUUUCCGAUAUGACUGCGACCUUGAGAUUACACGUGAUUUAUUAGUUGCUUUUGUUUGCAAUGUUGUAAAGUUUUGUGGUUAAAACGUCCUAAUUAUAGAUCCAAGAAGCGUCCUUAGUGGUUCUAAACCUCCAUUAUCUGAAUGCUCCCCCCUGAGAUACAGUGGAUCUGGGUUGUUGUUCAUUUUAAUCAUUCAUUGUGAAUUGUUCCAGCAGCCCAUAUGUUUGCUGUAUGAUUUCACUUCAGGGUCUUUGUUGUGCCUGACUAGUUUCUUUGUUUUGUUUAUUUGUUCACGAAUUACAUAAAUCUAAUAUAUGAUGAUUCUGAAAAUAAUAUAAAUUGCCGUAGUUAGCGUUACUAUAGAGUAUGUCUGCACUAGCCGCGCUCCUGUCUGUCUUUUAUCAUGUCUGAGGAGGAGUUUUUGAGCCAGUCUUUGAUUUCAGUCUGACUUUCUUGCUUUGUAGGUUUUUUCAGGCACUGAUUGUGUUAUUUCUGUCAACUACAAACGCUUUCCUCCAAAGCUUUAGAUUCAUAUACUGUCAGAAAGACAGGGAGGGGACAGGAAGUUACAGUUUUUGAUAUGGCUUCAAAUUUUGUGCGCAACUAUUCCAAGAAGAAUUCUGUAAAUGUGAAUGUUUUGAACAAUGUCUGUAUUUAUUUCUCGCUUUGUGUCUCGUUUGGGUUUUUAUAUGAUAACUGCUGGAAGUGUGCUCGUCAUUUAUCACCUCUCAGUAUCUUGUAACUUAUCAAAUGAAAACAAAUAUUUUAAAAAUUGUCAAAUUUUGUUGGGGGUCAAGUGCACUAUAGUGAAAAAAAAUCAGUAAUCGGUGUUGGAAGUGUAGGUUGAACCAAAAUGAUUCUAACAUAAUAAACACACUAACAAUGG